AAAUAUCCAACUCGAAGCUCACACUUGUCUGCGAUUCUUCAAAAUCCAAAAAUGUCUUCUUCUUCGCUGUUGCAGACUUCGAUCUCGUCCUCUUCCUCCGCUUUCUUCGCCAACCACAACUUGACAUUCAAUUCCAGAGCUCGGAGUGUCUCGCUUCCAGCAAAACACGUUGGCAUCUGCAAAUGUGUCGCCACUCCGCAGGCAGAGAAGACCGAAUACAAAACCCAGGUGUCCCGGAAUGCCAACAUAGCCAAACUUCAAGCUGGGUAUCUCUUUCCAGAGGUUGCUAGAAGAAGAGCGGCGCACUUGAAGAAGUACCCCGAUGCACAAGUGAUUAGCCUUGGGAUUGGUGACACCACUGAGCCCAUUCCAGAAGUUAUAACCUCUGCAAUGGCAAAGAGAGCACAUGCUUUGUCUACCCUAGAGGGUUACAGUGGUUAUGGACCUGAACAAGGUGAAAAGCCACUAAGAGCUGCAAUUGCUUCUGCAUUUUAUGACAACCUUGGCAUAGAGGAAGAUGACAUCUUUGUUUCUGAUGGUGCAAAAUGUGACAUAUCCCGCCUUCAGGUUGUUUUUGGGUCUAAUGUCACAAUAGCAGUGCAAGAUCCAUCUUAUCCGGCUUAUGUAGACUCAAGUGUUAUUAUGGGCCAGACUGGACAGUAUCAGAAAGAUGUCGAGAAGUUCGGAAAUAUUGAGUACAUGAGGUGUACUCCUGAGAAUGGAUUCUUUCCUGAUUUACACACUGUGUCUCGAACAGAUAUCAUAUUUUUCUGCUCACCAAACAACCCUACUGGUUCUGCUGCUACAAGGGAGCAACUGACACAACUGGUACAGUUUGCUAAGGAUAAUGGGUCAAUCAUAGUAUACGAUUCAGCAUACGCCCUGUAUAUGUCAGAUGACAAUCCUCGCUCAAUCUUUGAAAUCCCUGGAGCCAAAGAGGUUGCACUUGAGACAUCAUCGUUCAGUAAGUAUGCUGGAUUCACAGGAGUUCGUUUGGGGUGGACUGUUGUUCCAAAGCAGUUGCUCUUUUCAGAUGGAUUCCCCGUUGCCAAGGACUUCAACCGCAUCGUUAGUACUUGCUUCAAUGGUGCAUCCAAUAUAUCACAAGCUGGUGGUCUUGCUUGCCUUUCACCAGAAGGCCUUAAGGCCAUGCGCGAGGUGAUUGGUUUCUACAAAGAAAACACAGAAAUAAUAGUGGAGACAUUUGAAUCUCUUGGCUUUAAGGUGUACGGAGGGAAGAACGCACCCUAUGUGUGGGUGCACUUCCCUGGCCGAAGCUCAUGGGAUGUAUUCAGCGAGAUUCUUGAGAAGACUCAUGUGGUCACCACACCUGGGAGUGGUUUCGGAUUUGGGGGUGAAGGUUUCGUCAGGGUUAGUGCGUUUGGCCACAGGAGUAAUGUAUUAGAAGCCUGCAAAAGAUUCAAGCAAUUAUACAAGUAAUCCAGAGAUUAGCAUCCGCUGUCUACUAUAUUUAGUCCGAAGAUAAAAUCGACAGUGGCCUCCGUUUAUGUUCAAUGUUGUGUGCUAGUAAGUAGAAAACUCAAUUUCAAUGUCAUAUUGGUUUCUGGAUUCUCUUAGGAAUGCAAAGCAUGUUUCAGCUACUGCAGUAACACUAUGUUUGGAUGAAGAAAUUUAAGAUUACUAAGAAAUUUUAAAAUGACAGAAAUUGAAAUUACGGGA